GCUGCAAAUCACAAAUUUAAAAGUCAGUUUCAGCCAUUUCCGGUAACCGAGUAAACAAGAUGGCGUCAGGCAGUGGGUCGAGUAAGAACGACUUCCGUCGGAAAUGGGACAAAGACGAGUACGAGUCUCUGGCUCAGAAACGUCUGGUGGAGGAGAGGGAUGGGAAGAUUGCCCCGCCUGUCAAGCGGGAACUCCUGCGUCACCGGGACUACAAGGUGGACCUGGAGUCCAAGCUGGGGAAGACCAUCGUCAUCACCAAGACGACGCCGCAGGCUGAGAUGGGCGGGUACUACUGCAACGUGUGCGACUGUGUGGUGAAGGACUCCAUCAACUUCCUGGAUCACAUCAACGGGAAGAAACACCAGAGGAACCUGGGCAUGUCGAUGCGGGUGGAGCGCUCGUCUCUGGAUCAGGUGAAGAAACGCUUCGAGGUGAACAAGAAGAAGCUGGAGGAGAAGCAGAAGGAGUACGACUUUGAGGAGCGAAUGAAGGAGCUGAGGGAGGAGGAGGAGAAGGCGAAGGCCUACAAGAAGGAGAAGCAGAAGGAGAGGAAGCGGCGAGCUGAGGAUGACGUGGAGCUGGAGGAGGACGACGAGAUGGCCGCCGUCAUGGGAUUCUCCGGGUUCGGCUCGUCCAAGAAGAGCCACUGACUUCUGCACACUGGGACCAGUUCCUGCUGCACACUGGGACUAGUUCAGAGACUCAGAUCAGGACUCGUCCUGCUCUGCAUUCCCAGACAGACUCUUAUUUUGGCAGGUUGUGUGGCUCUGAGCAGCCGGUUGGUCAGACGCCGUGGCCCAGUAGGCUGUUCUCCUGCGGAGUCGGACUGCGACCCGUCAGCCAAUCAGCAUCCAGCGUCGUCUGGGUUCGCUGCGUUCAGCGUUUCUGUUGAAAGUGGAAAUGAUUGGAAUCAGGAGGAGAAGCUGCUUUUAUUUCUGUUCAUAUUUUAAUAAAAUCUUUGACUUCUG